UGGCGUGACUGUCGGCGCCGCGCGCUCCAUGGUCCCAGCUGCUGUCAGUGUGAGGAAGGUUCUCGACCCCCCCCCCCCCCCCCCACCCACACAAACGGCACCCAUUCCUUCUCUCCACAGACGCUGCCCGUCCCGCUGAGUUACUCCAGCAUUUUGUGUCUAUUCUCGGUGUAAAGCCGCAUCUGCAGACCCUCCCCGCACAACCGGCUCUCCAGCCCUGCCGUGGUGAUGGCUGAGGACGGCAACAUUGCGCGGGUUACCUGCACGGCUCCGGUGAAUAUUGCUGUGAUAAAAUACUGGGGGAAACGAAAUGCAGACUUGAUUUUACCAAUUAAUUCCUCACUGAGUGUAACUUUACAUCAAGAUCAGUUGAAAAGUACAACGACAGUUGGUGCAAGUCGACAUUUCAAGGAAGACAGAAUAUGGAUAAAUGGAAAAGAGGAGAAUAUCGGAAACCCAAGGCUGCAGACUUGCUUACGAGAAGUCCGUCGUCUGGCAAGAAAAAGAAGAAACAGUGGUGAUGAAAAUUCCAACACCUUAACUCUCAACUAUAAAGUUCAUAUCUGCUCUGUAAAUAACUUCCCCACAGCAGCUGGGCUGGCAUCCUCUGCAGCUGGUUAUGCUUGCCUGGUGUAUGCACUUGCCAAGCUGUAUGGUUUAGAAGGGGAGCUAUCAGAGAUUGCUCGCCAGGGCUCGGGAAGUGCAUGUAGAAGCAUGUAUGGAGGGUUUGUUCAGUGGAUUAUGGGAGUGAAAGAAGAUGGAAGUGAUAGCAUCGCUCAGCAGAUUGAACCAGAAACACACUGGCCUGAGCUUCGACUUCUUGUAUUAGUGGUUAAUGCAGAGCAAAAGGUGGUUAGUAGUACUGCUGGGAUGCAAACUACCGUCAAGACGAGUCCUCUACUGAAGUAUCGUGCUGAAAUUGUUCCAAAACGAAUGAUGGAAAUGAGUGAAGCGAUCAAACAACGAGAUUUUGAAAAGUUUGCUCAGUUAACCAUGAAGGACAGCAACCAGUUUCAUGCCACGUGUCUUGAUACCUUUCCACCAAUCUUCUAUCUGAAUGAAAUUUCCAAAUGUAUCAUUAAUUUGGUACAUAGAUAUAACUCUCACUUUGAUGAGACACUGGUAGCAUACACGUUUGAUGCUGGCCCCAAUGCAGUCAUUUUCACACUCGAGCAGCAAGUGGAUAAGUUUGUAGAAGUUGUGAAGCAUUAUUUUCCUCCAGAAGAAAAUGGUGAACAGUUCCUGAAAGGUUUGCCUGUAAAUCCAGUCCCUCUAUCAGAGCCACUGAAGUCGAGUAUCCCCAUGGAUCCAAUUAAGGGUGGUAUUCGAUACAUCAUUAAUACUCAAGCAGGACCAGGGCCACAGUUGAUAGAAGACAUCAACCACCAUCUCAUUGGAGAAGAUGGACUUGCCAAGCAAUAGUGACUGAAGGACAGUUUUUUGCAAAAACGUGGACAAGUUGCAAGACGUUCAUGUUAACUAACAAUCUUGACCUGUAUGUAUGAUAUAACUUGUAUGUUCAAGAUGCAGUCACUGCUUUUAGUCUGUAUCAACAAAAUACAAAUGGUGCUUGGAUAUAGUCCUAACACCGUGUACAGGUGGAAAUGUGAAGUAUGGUUUUCAAUAUAUUGUUCAUCAACUCAUUCCCCUUAGAACUCACAGCCUAUUAUUAUAAUUUAAAAUUUGUAUUCCCGAAUCCUGGUCAUAUCCACUAGUUAAAAUAAAGAGCACAAAAUCGCUGCUAGUACAGCAAUAAUAACUGCUGUGUUCAUUCAGCAAUAUCUUUAUCCAAAACUUUCUAAUGUAACCUAAUGAAAUCCCAGUCAAUAUUCUUACUAGAACUAAUCAUUUGCUCCCAAUCAAAUUCAGGAUGUAGAAUUUGUAAUUAGUGUUUCACUCGGGUGAAUUCUGCUGAUGUGCAAAACGAUAAGCUGCACAUCUGGAAAAUCACUUGGCUUUAACAAGCAGUGUAACAUCCCUGUGUCUAAUUAGUUAACUACUGUAUUUCCUUUACAUGCACAUUGUAAUAACUGAUAAACUGCAGGAUUUGCAAUUGCAACUGUAAAUGCAGUAUUUUGCUUUUUUCAAAAAGUUAAAUUGGUCAUGUGUGCAAUCAGAAUAAUACUUUUUCCCAAAGAACAUACAACACUUAUUAAAUAUAUUAACACUUUUUCCCAAAAAACAUACAAAACUUAUUAAAAGAGAAUGUUUUGAAAUACUAUUACUGACUAAAAUCCAAAUCUAAUGGUACAUUUGUAGGAAAAGCUGUGCUUGCGGAGGUGAACAUUGUUAUUCAAGGACAUGUUUAAUGGCAAAGUUGGCAAAUUGGUUACCUAUGCCCGUUUCUUUUUUUAUUGUACAUUUUCUCAGGAUUAUUGGCAUUUUAUAUUUAUUAUUUCUGGUUAUUUACAAAUAAAUGGUUUUAUUUGCCGUGCUUUCUUUCCCACCCACCAGCCAAUAAUCAGUCCAUUUGAUGAGGUGGGAUGGGCGUCAAUAUAUGCAAUUUGAGUUCAUAUUCUGAUUUACUUGGGGCUUUACACCAUGUUGAAAAAUUAUUUACCUCUUUUAUUUUGUGUAAGGUGAUUUAUAGUGGUGAGCCAACAUUCUACCGUGAACUAUAAAACGUUGUUAUUUUGGAUACUUUUGCUGAUUUUGUAUAUAUCUGUUUGUGCUAGAUCCAAUUUUGGAGCAGCUGUACAUGCCAAACAGUAUUUAAAUAAACCAUGCAAUGCAGAAGUUACAGUGAGGAAAAACUGAAUUUGUAUAUAAUUAAAUCAUCAACAGAUUA